AUGCUCAAGCUCCUCCGAAGCUCCGUGCACAUCCCCAACGGGGACGAGUCUAGACCGGCCCAAAUAGUGGCAUCUGAUUUAAAAGGAUUUCCCAAGAACACACAUCCCGAGGCCACAAGGAACGCAAUGCACCUCCGCAUCCCCAAGGCGCCUCUGACCGUCGUCGGCGACCCGUGCCAGGCCGACAGCGUGCCCCUGGCCGGCCACAUCGAAGUCGCCGCCAAGCCGCAGCAGCACCAAGACAUCACUUCGAUCCAGCUUGCCCUGCUGCGCACCACCAAGAUCAAGAAGCAAUCCACCAAGCCGCAAGAUGCCCUCAGCCUGGCUUCCCGCCGCCGCUCCUUCGGCAACCGCAGCCCCACGCGCGACAAGCGGACCUGCGUCGAAGAAAUAAUGCAGUGGACCAUCGCCUACUCGCCGCCAUCCAACAACGACAACAGCGCCGCCGAAUCCUCCUCUUCCUCCCCAUUCGCCUCGAAGCAGCGCCGCAACCUCCUCCCCUUCAACGUCCGCAUCCCGGGCCACCUCCCGGCCUCGACCUCGACGCCCGUCGGCAGCACCAUCUACACGCUGACGGCCACAGCCCUCUCGCGCACCACUCCCAGCAAACCCCUCUUCAAGACGGAGACGCCAGUCACACUGCGCCGCGCCCUCCUCCUGCCCCAGGGCCCCGCCGAGGUGUCGCUGCGCCGCCGCUUCCCGGACAGCCAGAUGAGCACGCGCCUCUCUCUCCCGGGCGUGCUGCGCCCCAGCGGCGGCGACGAGUUCACCGCCAAGUUGACAUUGUGCAACAGCAUCUCCCGCCGCGGCCGCACGACGACGCGGCUCGCCGUGCGCCGCCUCGACUGGCGCAUCGAGGAGCGCGCGCAGCUGGUGCCCGUCGCCGAGGCGGGGCGGCUGCCGCCGUUUGCGGAGACGGAGACGGGGGCGACGAAUAGCGAGAGUAGUUCGCCGCAGCAGACGCAGAAGAAGAAGGAUGCUCAGCACCACCAGCAUGUGCGCAAGCUGGCGUCGGGCGGCUGGACGGGCAACCUGGAUAAGUUGCCGACGCCGGCGCCCGGCUCGGGAGAUGUCGAGGUGGCGUUUAACGUGGCGUUGCCUGCGUCGGCGAAGGCGUCGUGUGGCGUUGAGCCCGAUACGUUGUCUUCGGCGCCGUCGAACGGCGGCAACAGCGGCGGUGGUGAUGAUGCCAACGCCAACGCCGCGGACAACAACAACGACAACCGCGUCGCGCUCUCCGUCUCGCACGUGCUGGUCCUCGAGCUCAUCACGGCCGAGCUCAAGCACAACGCCGACACGGGCGAGCUCGUCAACAUGUACCCCUUCCCGCAGCGCAAGUUCGGCGCCGUCUACGACAUCACCGUCUCCAACUGGGACUACACGACCGACUUCGCCGCGGGGCUGGCGUCGGUGCCUGUUACGCCCGGUAUCCUGACUCCCGACGGUAACAACGAGCAAAGAGAUUCGUACUUUGAUGCUGCGACUCCGCCCUCUUCGACUUCUUUUCCCCCCACGAUACCCCCUUAUUGCGAUAUUUUUGGCGAGAUGCCGCCUUCGUACGAUUCGGUUGCUGUAAUGUAA